UGAUUUAUCCAACAUACAACAACAACAUUCAAGAUGGCCGAGGAGCUGGACCAAAAUCGUGAACACGGACUGUCUGUGAAAACAGAAACAGACGAAUUUUAUCUGCAAGGAAGACCGUGCGAAUUAUCUGCAUUUUCAUUUGUUCCCACAUCCAGACAGGAUCCGCCGCAAAGAACGGUGUUUAAUUCUAAGAAACCUGACACUGCCCCCAAGACGUAUGAUCGCCUGUUUAGGAAGGACUUUGACUACAACAACAAGCUUCACCGGGAUGACAGGGAGCAUGCCAAGUCUCGAGGACUCGUCGUGAAUGCGGAGGAAAAGGAGAAGGAGGUUCCAACUCUGUCGUCAUCUGAAUAUGGCCACCGGUUACAGCUGUUUAAGGAUCAUCCAGACCGGAAGCAUGUUAGAAUUGCCCACGUAAAAACUGAGUUUUAUCGACGAAAUGGAAUCGAGGGCACAUCUUAAAACUUUAGCCUUUUUAAUACACUUGUUUUGUGAAAAAUCUUCACAACUUCUCAAUCUGUGAAUUCUGUAAAAAUUGCAUGUGUUACCAGUAUAUGCGGUAUUAUAUGCAGUAUUGUAACCAUUACUAUUUAUAUACAGUUAUCCUAUAUUUUAAUUGUUAAAGGUAUAUGUGGUAUUGCAACAGUUAUACAUGUAUUAUCAAAUAUUAACUUGCUUCUUUACCAAAUAUUUUAAGAAUUGAAAAAUGGGUACACGUACUAUACAGUUAAGCAAGACACUGCAAGAACAAUAUUUGUAAAUGCAGUCAAACAUGUGUUACCAUUUUAGUUAACUUUGCUAAAAACAUUAGUUGUUCACUGUUUUCUAGUUUCUUAGUUUUAAACUUAGUUAAACAAAUUGUGAAAUGCAUAUCUGUGAUAUAAAAUCGACUGCAAUUCAAUGUGUGUGAUUAAUUAAUACAUGUUAUUAACUGCCUGUUUGAUUCAUUCCAAUGAGUUUGUGAUUGUAAACAUUAUUUUUAUUAAAUAAAGCAACUAAUAAACAAAA